AUGCGCCGUAUCGCCUUCCCUUGCAGCUUGAGUGUCGGGACUGAUGUCGUCUAUCUUCCGCGCAUACGUCGACUCAUCAGCAAGCGAGAAGGUCGCAAUCUCAUCCCGUUCGCCAAGCGAAUACUCCAUCCCCUCGAGAUUCGAGAUCUUUCGCAUCGACACCCUCAGUGGCAGGCGCAGCAUGAAAAGAGCUGUGUCGACUCGGAAUCUCUCAUUAAAUGGCUAGGUGGGAGAUUUGCUGCAAAAGAAGCGGCGCGCAAAGCGAUGGGAGCCACGACACUGGGUUGGAAAGAUGUCCGCGUUGAAGUCAAGGGCUCUGGAGAGCCACAAAUCAUCUGCGCCAUACGAGAUAUCGAAAACGAGAACAUUGAACGUGAAGCGAAACUCUCUCUUUCUCAUGACGGUGACUAUGUUGUGGCCACCGUACUGGCAGCUGCGACGCCAGAAAUAUCCACUUCGAGAGCACUACAGGAUAUCAAAAGCUCAUGA